UAUAAAAUUCCAAGAAAUUCUUCUAUUAAUUUUCAAAAAACUUUUUUUUCAACAAAUAAACAAGAUAAAUCAAAUAAUAAUUCAAAUAAUAAUGUAGAAACUAAACAACUUAUAUUUGAAGGUCCAAAUUUUCGAUUAAUUAGAAUCUUAAAGAUAUUUUCUAUAUCUACCUUUGGGUUUGCAUGGACAAUAUGUCCACUUACUUGGUGGAAUUGGAAUAAUCCUAUGAUUCAAGCAGCUGAAUUAAAUGAAAUAAUCUUAUCACUAGCAUUUGUCGCAAGCACAGCAUCAACGAUUACAUUACAUAAUUUUAUGUCACCAUAUGUAACGAAAAUUUUUUAUCAUCAUACACCAUCAAUUAUUCCUUCAACUUCACAAAUCUCAAAUAUUACACCUUUAACAAAAAUUACUUUGGAAACUCUUUCAAUAUUUUCACAUCCAAUUCAUAUUACAUUACAAUUAAAAGAUUUAAAAUCUGAAAUAAAUAGAAUUA